AUGACAGAAUUACUAAAUGACACAACGACUUACAAAAAACUACAAAAAGACCCUGCCAAUCGUAUGAAAACUAAGGUGAAUGAAUUGGUUAAGGGAUGGCACGACAUGGGUAUUGUUGACGAGAUGACAUACAAUCGUCUAAAGAGUACUUGUGGAAAUCUUCCAAGGUGUUACGGAUUACCAAAAGUACACAAGAAGGGCUAUCCUUUACGCAUUAUUGUCUCUUCUGUAGGUAGCCCCACGUAUAAUGUAGCGCAAUAUCUACGGGAAAUUUUGUCCAUUUCGAUUCCUAAGCCUAAAUCGUAUGUAAAGGAUAGUUGGACGUUUGUUGAAGCUAUUAGACACACGAAGAUUAAUGACGAUCAGUUUUUAUUUUCUUUGGAUGUUACAUCAUUGUUUACGAACAUCCCUAAGAAUUUAGCUUUAACAGCGGUGGAAAAGAGAUGGACGUAUAUUACGAAAAAUACCGAUUUGACGUUGCCCCAGUUUUUACAUGCACUUUCGGUUGUCCUUGAUCUAACGAGCUUCGAAUUUGGUGGAAAAUACUACGAAAAAAUUUUUGGCUGUCCGAUGGGGUCACCCUUAUCACCAAUAUUGGCUGACUUGGUCAUGGACGAGCUUGAAACACAGUGUUUAAGCAAGUUAAACUGCAUACCGGUCUUUUACAGAUACGUUGACGACAUUUUUGCAAUAGCACCAAAAACCAAAAUCGAUGAGAUAUUAACGAUUUUUAAUAGUUACCACGAACGCCUAAUGUUCACGCAUGAGGCUGAAAUCAACGGUUUUGUGAAUUUCCUGGACGUUACUAUUGUAAGGGCGGAGGGGACAUUGUUGACCAAUUGGUACAGAAAACUCACUUUUUCUGGCAGGUAUAUUAAUUUCCUAUCUAACCAUCCCCUUCAGUACAAAAUCAACACGAUUAGAAGUUUGGUUGACAGAGCUCUAUUACUUUCAAACGAAUGCUUUCACACUGAUAACAUCAGAAUUAUUACGGAUAUUUUGGUCAACAAUUGCUUUCCGAAACCUUUCAUUGAACUACAUAUCGCGAAGAGAAUUAAAGCUCUAAAACACCGUAGAGAAUUUUUGAUGGUUAAUGACAAUGGAGGUAAAAAGUUUAAUACGGGAUCAUUGUUACCGAUACUGUAUGUAAAAAGCUUGAGCGAAAAUCUUAGGAACGUGUUAAAAAAAUGUGGCAUCAAUUGUUUAUACUAUCCCGAAAAAAUUAAAUAG